CUCAAACCGCAUCGCAACCUGAUAAUCGCCUCCAUCAUCAGCAUCAUACUUGAGACUCCGACUUUGUGACCUUAGCGAGGCUGUCUAGAUCACCUCACACUAAACGCAAUUCCAAGUCUCGUUUCUGAAGCACAUUCGGUUUGCGCGACCUCUCAACGCAAGGCAUAUACGAACAAUUCGUCCUGCGCAAAAUUGCCCGGUCACUUCUUCGCCGCCCAGCUUUGAUCAAACCACUCAAACAACACUCAUGCGCAGAGGUCUCCGGUGAGACUCAUCUGCGCUGCGAUGAGUGAUCUCGACAAAGCCAUUGCGCAACUGCGCGCGUGCCGACCCAUACCAGAACCUCAGGUCCGCGAGAUAUGUUACAAGGCCAGAGAACUGCUUAUAGAAGAAGGCAAUGUGGUCACAGUCGACGCGCCAGUAACAAUAUGUGGCGACAUUCACGGCCAGUUUCACGAUCUUAUGGAACUUUUCCGUGUAGGCGGUGAUGUACCAGACACAAACUACCUGUUCAUGGGCGACUUCGUCGACCGGGGUUUCUACUCUCUCGAAUCAUUCCUCCUCCUUCUCUGUCUAAAAGUGCGAUACCCAGACCGGAUAACGUUAAUACGGGGGAACCACGAGUCAAGGCAGAUCACAACCGUCUACGGCUUCUACGACGAAUGUAUACGCAAAUACGGCAGUGCCAAUGUGUGGCGUUACUGCUGCGAAGUGUUCGACUACCUCGCUUUGGGCGCAUUAAUUCUAGGCGCAACCACCGACGUACCACCGCCAGCUACAUCCUCAUCCUACAACGACAACACACAAUCCACCCUCCCACCCGAUGACGAAGACGUCGAGUCAGAAGUGCUAAACGCUAAUGGCGAAAUACUCAGCAAGACGCUCCGACGGCAGUUUGCAGGUCUGUCGCUCGGUUCGCAAACAAAUGCAAGCCGGAUGUCACCCGCUCCCGAUAUUGACCAAGAACCGCCAUCGAGUCUCCCGUCCCAAGCCACUCCACCACCUUCUUUAUUCAGCCCUCCAACCUCUACAACAGGCGCCGUUUUAUGCGUACACGGCGGUCUCUCACCACUAAUUGACACCGUCGACAAGAUCCGAAUGAUCGACCGCAAACAGGAAGUUCCCCAUGAAGGCGCCAUGUGUGAUCUCUUGUGGUCAGAUCCGGAUGAGAUCGAAGGCUGGGGUCUAUCUCCGCGGGGCGCCGGAUUCCUGUUCGGUGCCGACAUAGUCCGACACUUCAAUCAUAACAACGAUCUAUCGCUCAUCGCCCGUGCCCAUCAAUUGGUUAUGGAAGGCUACAAAGAGAUGUUCGACAAGACGAUAGUAACAGUCUGGUCCGCGCCGAACUACUGCUACAGAUGUGGCAACGUUGCUGCAAUCCUGGAACUCGGCGAAGAUGGGAGCAAUGGCGGCUGCAUCGCCCGCGCCAACGGCGACCAAGGACGACGAGAGCCCGUCGGCGGUGACGGAUCUGGUGGUGGUGCCGGUGUGCUGUGGAAUCUGGCAACACCGGGUCGAAGGUACCGCGUUUUUGAAGCGGCGCCGCAGGGCACGAGGGGCAUGCCUGCGAAAAAGCCUGUGGGCGAAUAUUUCUUGUAACAUUAUGAACAGCAGAGCGACUUUGUCUUCGGAGCAGUUAAGACCAUGGUAGACCCUUCGACUUGACGAAGCGGCACUCGCGCCGCGCAACAGAGGAAAGAUUAGAGCUGUCCUUGGGGUUCUACUGACCUCAUCCAUCAGCCGAGAUAUGGGUCGGAGGCGAACGGAGAUCUUCUCAGCAAAAACCUGCGCAUACUCGCCGAUUUGCAGAGUGAUCAUGAAAGACUACGGAGGAUAUCGAAGGCCGAGAACUCAA